CGUGCCCGAAAGCGAAUGCGAGCUGAAAACGAGCAAAAAGAUAAGAAAACUCGUUGUGAAAAGUGAUAAACGUUGGUGUUUCGAAUAAAGCUGGGAAACAACAAAUGUUAUAAAAUGUAAAAAUAAAUAAUCAAAAAACCGAAAGAAGCGAAGAAGAAGCAGCAGCAACGUGAACGGGAGCAGUGACGGCAGUAGAUAACGCUGCAUACUUAGUGGCAUCAGACGUGCCGGCACCUGCCGCAACAACAGACCCAUUAGACAGCAUGAGUGCCACUGGCAACGGCAACAGCAACAGCAGCGCCAUCAAUACUACCGCCACCACCACUAGCACCGCCACGACUGGCAACACCGUCACCAAUCCAGCAUCGACGCACAUUUUUCGUUCGCUGUCGUCGGAGAGCCAGAAACGGGAAUGGUCGAAACGUCUCUCAUUGCGUGGCAUGCGACAUGGCGCUGGAGCCGUAGGUGGCAGUCUGGCUGCCAGCAAGGAGGAAACGGCGGGAGUGGGAGUGGGCGGAGCAGUCGGCGGAGCGGGCAAACAUCGCAAAUUCUUUAGUCGCUCCGCAUCACUGAAGCAGGCGGGCAGCGGUGCCGGCAGCACGCAAGCCUCGAUGGAAUUGCAUGUACCUGGGCACUCAUCCGCAGCUGGCUCACCAUCUGGACUGGCGCAUCCGCUGACACAGCCAUCGACGCCAAAGAAAUCCAAUUGGGAGGUGAUCGAACAUUUCAAUACCAGCGCCAAGGGAGGCAAAGCAAUGGUUAGCAGCAGCCUGAUUGCGGCUGGCAUCACGCGCUGCAACAUUGACGAGUCGAUUGAUUCAACCAACUCGAGCUCCACCUGCCACAGUCCGAUGAUCUAUCAACGGGACGAGGCACAGCUGCUGCAGCAGCAAUCCGAUGCAGCCGAUGGCCGAAGCAAUGUGGAAGCGAACAAUCCAAGCACCACGGGCAUUCAGGCGGGCAGUCCAAGCAUCUCAUUUUGGUAUCGUUUGAAUCGCAUCAUUUUGCGUCUCUGCUCGACGCAUCAGUUCAAGAAUCUGCAGGUGGAAAUGCUCUAUCAGCGUUAUUUUCUACGAAUGAAUCAAAGUAAUACGACGCACAUUCUGGGCCUAUUGCUAACGUUGAUUUUGGCAUUAUCCUGCACCCAGCUGGUGUACACCACGCUCCAGUUACGUCGCAGCCAACCGGCCACAGGGCUGACAUCCGCAACGAUUCGAUUGGCGGCUCAGCAGCUCGACUCGAAUGCCACGAACAGCGAAAAUGUUACGCACUUUAUGACGGCCACAGCAACAGCUGCACCUGCAGCACCGCCAACAGCACCACCAUCACCACCCUCGCCACAGCCUGCAAAGCAAAUGAGCCAUCAUCGGCGUUUGGUUUCCAUUGACAGUCUGGCAGCGCUGAACACUGUGCAAAUUCCAAAUGGCAUUCGCCGCAACGCUAAUGCGGCACAGCGGACAGCAGUUGCCGCCAAGCGAGGGCAGCAGUGGCUGGGACGUCGGCAAAAGCGUAAGCAUUAUCGACGCCUACACAAGCAUCGCUACAAACAGCAUCAGCAUCAGCAUCGUGCCAGAUACAAACGAGGCAUGCAGCAGCAGCAGAAACAACUGAUUGACCAAGUGAAUGAGGCAACUGCUGGAGCUGAAGCCGAUGCCGAUGAUGAUGUCGAUGACGAUAAUGAUGGUGGCAUUAAACGCUUUAUGGGGCUGCGCGACUACAAUGAUAACAAUCGUCAGCAUUUGCCCUUCAGUCGCCGCCAGGCACGUGCUGAAGUGUUCAAAUUGACGCCGUUUGAUGGCGUUGCCGAUGCGAAUGCCACGCAGCAACAGCAACAGGAGAAGGUGGAACAGCAGCAGAACGCGCCACAUGAGCCGAUAGAAAGUGAAAUAUUUGGCUUAACUGGUAAUUUGGAGAGUUCAUUGGAUUACACGCAUGUUUUCUACUCGAUAUUCAUGCAAAUCGAUGACGCCGUGCUCGUCUUUCUCAUUGUCAUGCUAAUCUGUGGCAUCGUCUAUGCAUUUCUGCUCUGCAUACUGUCCAAGCCGGCGAUGAAUGAAAUAUUUCUGGUGCUCGUCUCUUAUGUCAUAUUGGGCACGUUUCUGGCCAUUGAAGUUGCCGUCAGCUACGUGCUGCAGCCAAGCAAAUCGUUUAAUGGCAGCGCCUGUUGCAUUGUGCUCAUCUACAUGACGUACACAAUGCUGCCGCUGCGGUUGCGUGAGUCGCUCAUCGGUGGCAUGUUGCUCAGUGGCACGCAUCUGUACACCUGUCUGCGUACACAAUACACGCUCGACAAGCUGGAGCAGCAGCAGCCGAUGGACCUGGAGCAGCGGGAGCAAAUGGAAACGCAUUUGUCCUGGCAGGAGCUGCUGUGCACCUGCAUUGCCCUGUUGCUGGCGAAUCUUACAGGUAUUUACACGCACUGGCCCAAGGAGAAGGCGCAGCGCAAGGCAUUCAUAGAAACGCGUCAGUGCAUCGAGGCGCGUUUGCGUACGCAGCGCGAAAAUCAACAACAGGAGCGUUUGCUGCUUUCGGUGCUGCCGCGACAUGUUGCCAUGGAGAUGAAGGAUGAUAUUGCGGGCCAGCCACGUGACACACAAUUUCAUAAGAUUUACAUACAGCGCCAUGAGAAUGUCAGCAUCCUGUUUGCAGACAUUUGCGGUUUCACUAGCCUGUCGGAUCAGUGCACUGCAGAGGAGUUGGUGCGUCUACUGAACGAGCUAUUUGCACGCUUUGAUCGAUUGGCUGCAGAGCAUCAUUGUCUGCGCAUAAAGCUGCUUGGUGAUUGUUAUUACUGCGUCUCCGGUUUGCCAGAGCCCAGGCCGGAUCAUGCCCAUUGCGCUGUUGAAAUGGGACUCGAUAUGAUAGACGCCAUAGCCCUGGUGCGCGAGGUAAUGGCCGUGAAUGUGAACAUGCGUGUGGGCAUUCACACGGGACGCGUGCACUGCGGUGUUUUGGGUCUAGUCAAAUGGCAAUUUGAUGUUUGGUCCAAUGAUGUGACUUUGGCCAAUCACAUGGAGAGCGGCGGCAUACCUGGUCGCGUGCACAUCACCAAGGAAACUCUCAAGUGUUUGGAUGGCGAUUACGAGGUAGAGGAGGGCAAGGGAGCUGACAGAAACUCCUAUCUUAAGGAUCAUCAGAUCGAGACAUAUCUCAUAGUGCCAGGCGAUAUAUACAGACCGCACAAGAAAUCGCGCAAUCGCCUGCAGGUAAAUGGCAACAUAUCCAAGGAGCUGCGCAUGAUGGGUCACGGCACGGCACAGAAGCACACAUCCAAAUUCGGUUUCGGCGACAGCUCGGAGAGCCACAAGGAUCCCGAGGAUGAGGUCAAUGAGUAUUUGAUGCGCGCCAUCGAUGCACGCAGCAUCGAUCAUCUGCGCGCCGAGCAUUGCCAAUCGCUGUUAUUGUGCUUCAAGAGCGACGCGUUGGAGCGCAAGUAUGCCAGCGAACCGGAUCGCAUGCUCUGCGUUUACUUCUAUUGCAGUUUGCUUGUGCUGCUGGGCACCACGCUGAUGCGCUUUGUGGUUUUUGACACAUCCCCACUCUGCUUCCUGCUGUCCAUGUGCGCUUUGCUGCUGCUGCUUCUGCUGGUCUUCUUGGUGGCUGGUCAUGAAAUCAAUGUGAAGCUUCCGUUGUUGGUGAAGCGCUUCUCGUUGCGCAUUCACAGUAAUCGCACCUUGUCGCAGUUCUUUGCCUUUGCCACUGUUUCGCUGAUUGUUUUGACCACGUUGCUGGCCAUGUUGCAGGAAUCAAUGCGUCAAUUGGAUUUGCUGCAUAACGAAUGGCUCUGGCUGCACCUGAACAGCAGCAGCCAGGUGGAGCAACUGGAUCUAGAGCUGGAGCAGGAAUUGCAGCUGCUGCCUGCGGCAAACUGUGAUUUCUAUUUUGCGUAUAAUACAUUUCUGUUGCUAACGCUGCUCUCGAUGAUGUGCUGUGCCACGUACCAAGUGCUGCGCAUAGUGCUGAAGCUGCUGCUGCUGCUUUUGGCCGCUGGCAGCUACAUGGCCUGCUCCUCGUAUUUAUAUGUGAGCAGCAGGCAAAUCAGCGCAGACUUGGCCAAUGAGGAAGCCCUGCUGCGCUAUAUAAUUGACUCAAUCUUCCUAUUUGCAUUUAUGCUCGCCCUGAUCUUCCAUAGCCAUCAAACGGAGGCCACUUAUCGCUUGGACUUCAUCUGGAAGCUGCAGGCAACGGAGGAGAAAGAGGAUAUGGAGCAUUUGCAGGCUUAUAAUCGGAAACUGCUCGAAAAUAUUUUGCCCGUGCAUGUCGCCGAGCAUUUUCUGAGCCGCGAGAAGCAUCUCGAUGAUUUGUAUCACGAGCAAUGCGAUUCCGUGUGCAUACUCUUUGCCAGCAUACCAAAUUUCUCCGAGUUCUACGUGGAGCUGGAGGGCAACAACGAGGGCGUCGAAUGUCUGCGUCUGCUCAACGAAAUAAUUGCCGACUUUGAUGAGCUGCUGAGUGAGGAGCGCUUCCGUUGCAUAGAGAAAAUCAAGAGCACGGGCGCCACCUACAUGGCUGCCUCUGGGCUGACGGCCAACACCUGCGACCAGGUGAACUUUAGCCAUGUCACCGCAAUGGCCGACUACGCGUUGCAGCUCUUCGACAAGAUUGAGGAGGUCAACAUGCACUCGUUCAACAACUUUCGCAUGCGCAUAGGCAUUAACAUUGGACCCGUGGUGGCUGGUGUGAUUGGCGCCUGCAAGCCGCAGUAUGAUAUUUGGGGCAAUGCCGUGAACGUGGCCUCCCGCAUGGACUCGACGGGUCUGGUCGAUCACAUACAGGUGACCCAGGAGAUGCAGCAGCUGCUAGAGUGCCGCGGCUACGAGCUCACCUGCCGCGGCAGCGUCAAUGUCAAGGGCAAGGGCUCCAUGAUAACCUAUUUUCUGAAAGGCAAGGCACAGCAGCCGACGCCCGCCAUGCCCGUGGAGGCCUUGGCGACGGCCGUCGGGGAGAAGAUGCCAGCGGAAGCUGACAAGACGCCAGUGAUUGAGACUGUUGCUCCGGCCACAGUUGAGCCACCAGACGAUGUGCAUGUGGACGAGGACGACGAGGAGGAUGACAUAGACUUGAAUUCCAAUAUGCAAAACUUGACGGCGCAGCGGCGCAAAUCUCUGUGCCGACAGCACAAUAUCUCCUCCUCGUUCGGCACCAAUGUCAGCUCCACGGGCAUCACGCCCAGCAUCUCGAACAGCUCCAGUGUGGUGACAAUUGGCGCGCUGCCCGUGCUGCUGCGCAAUGCGAAUCAAGCGAAUGCCGACAGCUGUGCCACGCCCACAGCGCCCAGAACCUUGGUCGCUGAGCUCAAGGAGGAGAUCGCACGGGACGAGAAGAGCGCACUGAAAGACUCCAUUGAGAAUCUGGAGAUUCUGCUGAAGAACAACAUCAGCCUCUCGGAUCUGAGCAACAAGCAGCAGCAGAAUCUGCGCAGCGAGGGCAGCUGCAGCAGCUCGGCGACGACGACGCUGCGCAAGCGAGACACCAUCGUUAGCUUCCACGUGACCGAGACGCUGACCACGACAGCUGCGUAUGUGCAGCAGCAGCAGCGCAAGCGCCGCUCGGUGAGCACCAUGGCCGCCAGCUGCACCACCAGCUGCAGCAGCACCAUCACCACCCGGCUGCUCUCCAAUGAGAGCCAGAGCUCGGCACACACAGCGCCCGGCACGCUGGAGAGCGGCGAAGCAGCCGGCGCUGGAGCAGACGCCACUCAAUGCCAGGCGCUGGAUUGGCAGCCGCGCACAGCCAGCCUGGAGCCGAAUCGCAGUCCCAUCAAGACAUCCCAAUCGAUGAGCCCCAUCGGCCUGGCCACCGAGGUGUUCGUGCUGCCCAACAGUCGCAGCAUGAUCCUCAUCAGCAGCAGCAGCACUGGCAGCAGCCCGGGAGGCGCCGGCGGCGGAUUGGCACCAGCUGGAGGCAGCGCUCAGCGACCAGGGCUGCUGCAGCAGCAAAACGAAGCGGCGCCAAUUUCUGCCUAGAUCUUGCGCGCGCGGCGCCAGAGG